GUUAUAGACGCAGUAAAGAUAAGAAUUGCCAUAUAAAAGUCAGCAUAAGAUAAAACAUCCAGUAAUCAUGAAGUUCUUUAUUCUUGCUGCACUUCUCGCCCUUGCAUCUGGUGCUCCCAGUGCCAAGAAGCUCCUGGGACAUUCCAGGUCAGCAUCAUUGAGAAGGGCUGGAGGUAGGAUUGUUGGAGGAGAAGAUGCUUCCUACGGAGAGUUUCCUCAUCAGAUUGAACUUCAAUGGUUUGGAUCUCUGAUGUGCGGAGGUUCUUUGGUAGCAGAGAACUGGGUUGUUACAGCUGGUCACUGCUGUGAUGGAUCUGAAGCUGGGGAACUAACAGUUGUAGUUGGAAGCCACAUGUUGUAUGACGAUGAUGCUGACCAAGCUUCAAUUGAUGUCAAGACUGUUGUUCUACAUGAGAACUAUGACAGCUGGACCAUUACCAAUGACAUCUGUCUCCUUGAACUGGAUGGAGCUGUAACUAUGGGAGAACAUGUUGGAACCAUUGCUCUCCCUGCAGCAAUGGAGGAAUAUGAUGCUGGAACUAUGUGCACUGUCACCGGAUGGGGAGCAACCUCCGAAGGUGGAAAUCUAGGAGAAAUUCUGCAGAAGGUUGAUGUCCCCGUUGUAUCUGAUGAAGACUGCCGUGAAUCUUAUGGUCAGGAUGAUGUUGCUGAUUCUAUGAUCUGUGCAGGACUUGAUGCUGGUGGCAAGGACUCAUGCCAGGGAGAUUCAGGUGGCCCAUUCAUGUGCGGAGCACAACUGUCCGGAAUUGUAUCCUGGGGAUAUGGAUGUGCUGAGGCCGGAUAUCCUGGAGUAUACACUCAGACCAGCUACUUCAUUGACUGGCUGAACACAAACAUGGCUUAGACAAUUUGAAUUUGAUAAAAUAAGUAAUACACGAUUUUAUGUCUA